AUGGUCGCGUACAAGUGGCUGGCCCUCGUGGUCGCCGGCCGGCUUGCCGCAGCCUGGGGCACGGCCUCGGAAGACAUUACCUACGUCCUGCCCAUCUACGAGGGCGCCCUGGCCAACGACAGCCGGACCAACGACCUGGCCAUCCUGAGCGGCAUGAAGUCGAUGCUCGGCACCGGCGGCCGCAACACGAAGCUGGGCUUUUCCUUUUCGUCGUGGUGCCUGAGCCGCGACGUGUCGUCGGCGGCCGCCAACUACACGUUUGACCCGACGAACCUGGACUACGUCCUGGGGCUGGCCGCCGAGCUUGCGCUGCCCAUCCUGGUGCACGCCAACAACGGCCGCUGGGCCGACUGCUGCACGAGCAACUCGGACGGCGGGUGGAACGACGCGCUGCUGGACGCGAUUGCGGCGCAGCCGGACACGACGAUGCAAAACAGCGCGGGCGACUCGCUCUACGGGCACGACUACGGGUCCAACUACUUUUCGUUUUCGCGGUACAACGACUACUACCGGUCGUACAAGCGGCGCAACCUGCAGGCGUCCAUGCGCACGAUUGCCGCGUGGGCGGCCGACCACCCGGCUCUGUUUGCCGGCAUCAGCCUGGACUCGGAGACGCUGUACGCCAACGACGCCGCCGACUACAACCCGCUCUUUGUGCGCGAGUGGAAGGAGUGGAUGCAGCACACGGGCCUCUACGGCGCCGGCGGCGCCUACUUUGGCCAGGGCCGUGUGCCCGCCUUUGCGUCCGUCGCCGACUUCAACGCCGCCACGGGCCAGUCGUUUGCGUCGUGGGACGACGUCGCGCCGCCGGCGCCCCUGCGCACGGGCGACCCGUUCACGGAGGAGUGGCAGCGGUGGCGCAUCCAGGCGAUUGUGCACACGACGUCCGACGAGACGGCGUGGAUCGUCGAGGCCGGCAUCCCGCGCGACCUGGUCUACGGCCACCAGACGCCCGAGCUCGAGUUCUACGCCUUUGCCGACGAUCUCACCACCGCCACGGCCGCGCUGGGCGCCGGCGGCUACACGGCGUACGGCCGCGCGCCGCUGGACUUUCAGAGCAUCGACACGCCGCUGCGCGCCGACGGCGGCAACAAUUUCGGCCUGUUUGAGCUCAACCCGCUGAGCACUGACGACGCCUUCGCGUACGACACGCUGACGACGCUCUGGCGCGACGGCGCCAAGAUCCUGUGCCCCAACGCCUUUGAGAACGUCACGGCCAAGGACCAGUACGCGCUCUUCGGCUCGCCGACCACGGGCGACACCUGGGGCAACAACAUCAACAAGUUCCUCGCCACGUACGCCGACACGGCCCGGCCGCAGCAACCGCCGGGUUGGAACCCGGGCCGCAAGGUCUUUGACUUGUACGACGCCUUUGCAACCGCCACGGCGUCCGGCCCGGACAACCACCUCGCGGCCAAUGGCUCGUCGGGCGGCGUGGCCCUCAAGACGGUCUACGAAGCCGUCGGCGGCGUCAUCACCUACACCGUCCCGCUGCCGGCCGUGCGCGAUGGCCAGCGCCUCAACUUUUACGCCGCCCUCGGCAUCAAGGACGGCGCCGGGCCCAACGGCGGCACCGCCACCUUCCAGGCCGCCAUCAACGGGGACAGCCUCUUGCUCGGCAACGGCAUCAUCCUCCCGCCCACCUACUGGACCUGGAAGCACUGGCUGCCCGUCCUGGCCGACGUCACUGCCUGGGCCGGCCAGACCGUCUCCUUCACCCUCAGCACCACCGGCAACGACGUCUACGGCUGGACCCAGUGGGGCUCCCCGGCCCUUUACCAGACGCCCGCCGGCGCGUCCGGCGGCGACACGCGCGCCAGCAACCUCGCCCUCCACAGCCCGGUCACCGCCUCCUCCGACGACCGCAGCGCCCCCGGUGGCGGCUGGGCCGUCGCCUACCUGACCGACGGCAACGUCCGCGGCGACGCGGCCACGAGCAACGGCUGGUCGUCCGCCGCGCACGCGUCGUCGCAGGCCACUGAAUGGGUCGCGGUCGACCUCGGCCGCCAGCAGUCCGUCGGCAAGGUCGUCCUGCACCCCCGCAGCGACGUCUCGACGGCCGCCGGCACCGGCUUCCCCGUCGCGUUUGUCAUUGAGGGCUCAACCGGCAGCGGCAACGCUUGGACCACGCUCUCGUCGCAGCCCAGCUACGGCGCGAGCAUCAAGGCCGGGCGCGCCGAGGUCAUUACCUUUCCGAGCGCGACGGUCCGCUACGUGCGCGUCACGGCCACCGAGCUGAGCGGCGUCGGCGGCGAGACUGGCUAUCGCAUGCAGCUGGCCGAGCUGGAGGUGUAUGCGUGA